AUGUGGGAGCGCACGCUCACUGUCAACGGUUUUUCCAAGGCUUAUUCUAUGACAGGUUGGCGCUUGGGGUAUUUGGCUGCCCCACCGCAGUUUGCUGCUGCAGCAAACAAAAUUCAGAGCCAGACAACAUCGGCUCCCAGCAGUAUCUCCCAGCACGCUGGCCUAGCUGCCCUUGCCUUGGGCCCACACGGAGGGAAGCCUGUAAAGAGCAUGGUGGAGGCGUUCAGACAGCGCAGGGACUUUGUUGUGGCAGCCUUGGAUGCGAUGCCAGGCGUCAGAAUCCAUGCCCCAGAUGGUGCCUUCUAUGUGUUCCCUGAUGUCUCGUCACUGAUAGGACCUGAUGUCGUGGCAGAGGGGUUUGGUGCUGUACCAGAUGGUGAUGCAUUGUGCAAGUACCUAGUUGAGCAUGCUCAGGUAGCAGCAGUUCCAGGCAGUGCAUUCGGGCAACCAGACUGCAUCCGAUUGUCCUACGCAGCAUCCAUGGAUGUCUUGAAAGAAGGGCUGAGCAGAGUUGCCAGGGCGUUGGAUCCCAGCGUGCUGAGACACCACAACCAAUCCUAA